AUCCCUCUUAUGAUCGUGCCCUAGGCACGAUCGUGGAAGAAGAGGGGUGAAGGGGGUGAGGCAGCGGCGCUAGGGAGGUCGAUCACCAGAGGAGGCCGACCGUCGGGGAAGAUCGAUCACCGGAGAAGGGAGGUUCCAAGAUCCGACCGGUGGUUGAGGAAGCCAUAAAGCCUUCCCCUUCGGCGAAGACCUCUCCCACAAAUCCGGUGAAGCUCACGGAUUUCUCCACCGAUUCCUCGCCGAAAGGGCCGCCGGAACACCCCCACCGGACCGAGAGGAAGAGUCGGCGGUGCCAGGAGAUUUUGAUCAGGGGACUCAGCACCCCAGCGCGUAGGUUGUGAUUCGGACCGUGUUUGAGUCAGUCUACAAUUUCUGUGUAAUCAUGAGACUCAACAAGACUGAAGUGAAUUUGAGAAGGUUGCUUGCAGCUGCUCCUCACCAGCAGAAUAAAGCAAAGCUCAUCCAUUAUGUCACCACAUUAAGGGAACAAUUAGAGCAACUAGGGGCAGAGAGAACACCAGCGGGAAUAUCAAGUGUUUCAAAAGCAAAAUUGAAUGAAUAUUCAGAGAAGAUCGAAGCCCUUGCAGCCAAAUUAUCUACUCCAUCGCCAGAACCUGUGAAGGUUGUUGAUGAAACUAAAGAUGAGGAAAGCCCCUCUAAGUCAGAACAGGAUGGAAACUAUGUGAACGCCCCUCGUGGACUGAGAAGGAGAACUGUAGCUCAUGUAGAAAUUGAAGAUAGCAUCCAGGAGUCUAAGGAGAGGGACUCAGCAACACCAAUUAAGUUGGAUGCAGCAGCGCAAAUUCACAUUGAGAAACAUAGAAAGCUUCAAGAAGAUUUGACGGACGAAAUGGUAGUGUUAGCACAGCAACUUAAGGAAAGCAGUCUUCUGAUGAAUCAAUCUUUGCAGAACACUGAGAAGAUACUUGAUUCUACUGAGAGGGCAGUGGAACAUAGCUUGGCCAGCACCGGCCGUGCCAAUGUACGGGCCAUGGAGGUGUACUCAGAGAGUUCCAAGACUACAUGCUUUACAUGGCUUGUAAUCUUUGUCAUGACUUGUAUUUUCAUCAUGGUGGUUCUACUCAUCCGUGUGACUUGACUUGCCUUCUGUCACCAGAACAUGAUUUCAACUUCUGCUGUUCCAAAUUCAAGGGAAGUACUCUGCAGUAAGUACUCAGGCAGUAUUUAAACUAGAAGCAUUCUCUACCUGGUGGGAGCAGUGGGUUUGAAGACUGAAUAGUUUUUUGCUUAGAUGUAGUAGUUAAAUCUUAGAAGAAUCACCUGCAGGGUUCAGACAUAUAAACAAUAUAUCAUGAGAAGUUCUGUUUUUCCUACUGUACAUUUCCAAAGCUUUUGUUUCCUGGUAACUCUAGU